GCUCUGGUGCCCAAAGUCUAUUAGGUUACAAACAAUUUUUAUUUGAUAAAUUUAACAAUUUGUCUGUCAUUGAUAAAUGCUUCGAUUUCGAGUUACACUAAGAUCUGCUUGCGCCUGGGCAAGAAGAAUGUGUUUUCGAGCCGAGGAAGUGUUUCAUCGCUACUUUCAUCUGCAUCGCCUCAAAGUUGUCGGUCUACUUCACCCUUUUUCGGUAAUAUUUUUACUUUGUCUGAUUGGAUCCAUGUUUGUAUACGAAUUAUGCUACGUUCUGCCGGCAAUAACCGAUCCCCAUGGGAUAUGGCACAAAUUAAGCUGGUUUAUGGGAAUUUACACAGUGCUUAAUAUCUUGGGCAACUGGUGCCUGGGCUUUAUGAGCAAUACUUCAGUUGGGGCCUUGCUUCUGGAGAGACAGCAUCCUGUGGUGGAUGAGGCUCACCUGUGGCACUACUGCACCACCUGCCAAAAGUUGGUGCCACCGAGGUCCUGGCACUGCAGAUUGUGCAACAUCUGCAUUCUGAAGCGCGAUCACCACUGCACCUUCUUCGCAAACUGCAUUGGCCAUAAGAAUCAGAGGUAUUUCCUCGCCUUCUUGUUUCACCUGAGUUUUGGCAGCGGACAGGCGCUCGUCUACAAUGGCAUUUUGAACUGGCAAAACCAAGCCUUUAUGGUCUCCGAUCCACUGUUGCUAAUAUCCCGAGAUCAAACAAAAGAUGAUGAUUUCAACUGGAAGUACACCAUCGCCAGCCUCUUCAAACUGAAUUUGUUUCUUUUUGUGGUGCCCGUCGCUAUGUUCGUCUUUCAAAUGGUAAUGGUCCAUCGCAACAGUACUUGCUACAUGAUACUCGAUCGCAGCUAUGAUGUUGGUUGGAGGAGAAAUAUCGAAAUGGUGCUGGGAAAACGGCGUUUCUGGAUUUUUUUCUCGCCAACGAUCGCCAGUCCUCUUCCUACCGAUGGCACACAGUGGCGCCAAAAUCAGAUAGUGUAAAUUGUUCUUAUAACAACUGUGUACGUGUAUAAA